AUGGCAGUCAGUUUUAUCUACCAGUCAAUGCCGAGGUUAUUAACUUUAUGGUUGGAUCAUGGUCAAGAUUAUGUUCGUAGUUCUCAUGAAACAAAUAAAUCCCACAAACACGGUGAAGAAAAUAAUUCACAUUCCGAUCAAAAAGUCUUCAAUGAAAUUCAAGAGAUUAUGCGUAAUAAUUGUCAGCGAAUUCCUGUUUACCAAUUUUAUACUGCUCUCAGUCAGCUGUUGUCACGUGUGUGCCAUGAGAUCCCCACUGUAGUAAAUACUUUGAUCGAACUAAUCGUACGAAUCUUCGAAGCAUAUCCCUUACAGACUAUCUGGUUUUUAAUUCCGCUGAAUGAUUCAACUGUCCGUCAGCGACGAGAUCGUUGUCAGCAGAUUUUUACUAUGAUCAAAACGAAACAAUCACAUUUUUCAAAAUUCAUAGCUGAUUCCAUAGCCUUAUGUAAUCAUCUGAGAACAAUAUGUGGCUUAUUUAUGACAACUGAUAGGCGAGAAUUGCGUAAUUUCAGCUUACGGCUAACUCUACGACCAAUCACUCGUCUGAUUGAGAGCAGCGAUUUUUCACGUGUACUCAUACCAAUCCAUCGUCAAUUAGUCCCUAAUCUUCUGCCUCCUAAGGCCACUUCUGAACAGAUUGCUGGGCACUGGCCGUUUGCUGAACAACCUGAUCGAUUGGUUUGCCUGUCACACAUCGAAGAUAUUGUGGAGAUACUGGGAUCACAGACUAGACCGAAGAAAAUGACGUGGGUUGGUUCAGAUGGAAGACAAUAUAUAAUUGUUGCGAAGCCUAAUGAUGACCUUCGUAAAGAUUCACGGUUAAUGGAGUUGAAUGGUAUGAUCAAUAAGUUCCUAGUUAUCAAUGCAAAUACCCGAAGACGUGCUCUUCAAAUUCGUACCUAUGCAGUCAUCCCUUUAAGUGAAAAAGGUGGACUGAUUGAAUGGGUGCGCAAUACACAGCCAUUCCGAUCUAUUAUCACACGUCUGUAUAGUGAAAUCGGUAAACCUAUCAACUGGGCUAAUAUGAGUCGGGUUGCCCCUCUAUUGGAGGAUCCACUGUCAGUGAAACGCGAUAAAUAUCUCAACAAAUGGUUGCCCAUGUUUCCACUUGUCUUCCACCACUGGUUUUUGGGCACUUUUAGUAAUCCCAGUUCCUGGUAUUCAGCAAGAGAGUGUUAUGCUCGGACGUGUGCAGUUAUGAGUAUGGUCGGCUAUGUUCUUGGUCUAGGAGAUAGACACACAGAGAAUAUACUUUUUGAUUCAACCUCUGGUGACCUUGUUCAUGUUGAUUUCUCGUGUGUAUUUAAUAAUGGUCUUACGCUACCUUGGCCUGAACGUGUACCAUUUCGUCUGACUCGUAAUAUGGUUCAUGCUAUGGGUCCAACGGGUUAUGAAGGCACAUUUAGACGUUGCUCUGAAGCAGUCAUGCAUCUAUUACGUCGUGAAAUCGAUCCGCUGUUAGCAGUCUUCCGUCCAAUAUAUUUUGACGCUGUUGUGGAACAAGGUGGAAACGUACGAGUCGCAUUUACCGGUGCCGAAACUUCUGGACGUACUCGUCGUGGUGGUUCUGGGUCAGACAGUGGUGCAUCAUCAGAUGUGGAGUUGACAGAACGUGCGACUAGAGCAGCCACUGAAAAAUUAACUCGUAUGGAAGAUCGUUUAAAAGGCAAAAUUACUGAACACGAUGGAUUCAGUCAAAUUUUACCAAUGUCUGUAGAAGGCCAAGUUGAUACAUUGAUCAAAGAAGCAACUGACGUCGAUCGACUAUGUCAAAUGUACAAAGGAUGGAUGCCGUUUUUAUAA